AUGAAAGCUUACGGAGCUUGUGUAUACCUAGUUUUAGAAGGAAAAAGUUCACUCUUAAUGUCAAGAAAUCGAGUAGCACCGUUAAAACAGCUAACAAUUCCAAGACUAGAACUAAUGGCAGCAGUAAUUGGAAGUCGACUUUUAUCUCAUAUUUUGUCUCAUAUCAAUGUUAAUCGUGUAGUAUUAUGGAGCGAUAGCCAAAUUGUCUUGAGCUGGCUGAGUUCGAACAAGACGUUAAAACAAUUUGUCGCUAAUAGAGUGAAAGAAAUCAAAGAACUGACUGAAAAGUUUACAUGGAAAUACUGUCCAAGUGAAUCCAAUCCCGCCGAUGUACUAUCAAGAGGAAUAACAACUCAAAAGUUUAGAGACAACAUGUUAUGGAUGAACGGCCCUGAUUGGUUAACGAACGAGAAUAAAUGGCCUGAAUGGAAAAUAGAUGAAACGCAAAUUAUGCCAGCAAGUGCUCAACAAGAAGUUACAGUUGAUACGACACAAAUACUGAGUACACACAGUGUAACGCAGGAAAAUACCAUAAUUGACAUUGACAGGAUUAAUUCUUUCAAGAAAGUUUUGAAAGUCAUAGCCUACGUUGAAAGAUUUAUAUUUAACUGUAGAUCGAGAGAAAAACGUACUAGAAAUCUUAAAACGCAAGAAUUACAGAAUGCAACGUAUACUUUGAUACAAGAAGUACAACGAAGACACUUUUUGGACGUAAAGCUAAGCUUACAAAAUGGAGAAACAAAGACACACAACUUAGUUAAACAACUGAAACUUUAUUUGGAUAAGGACAACUUGAUUCGUUGUGAAGGACGUAUUCAUAACGCGCCAUUGGAUGAAUCUACUAAAACCUAUACUGCUACCUGCAAAAGAUAG